AUGCGCGUUUGCGUGGUCGGCGCCGGGGCGUCGGGCCUCCCGGCGGUGAAGGCCUGUCUGGAAGAAGGGCUUGACGUCGUCUGCUUCGAGAAGACCAGCCAGGUCGGAGGCCUCUGGAACUACAGGCCUGAACAGAAGGAUGUCAGUUUUCUGAUUAUACCAUCAUUUUAGAAAAUAUAAUAUUUUGAGAUGAUAUUGAAUAAAACCUAUCAAGCCUACUAAAAACCUCCAAAAAACCAGAAGGAGAGGAUUUGAAAGCUUAUUAUGAAAAGCGUAAUCAAAACUCUGAUUCACAAAUUUGAGAAAAAAAAACUUAGGAAAGUUCUCAAAAAAAGUAUUUUCUGAGAAUUCUCAUUAGAGCGCGUUUGUAGUCUAUAUUCCCGCUAUAAAUAUUUCUCGUUAGAUUAUUCAAAUUUUUAGGGCGCCACCGUAAUGGAGACGACUGUAGUCAACACUUCCAAAGAAAUGAUGGCAUAUUCGGAUUUUCCGCCACCUGAGCAUUUUGCUAAUUUUAUGCACCACUCGAAAGUCAACGAAUAUCUCCAGGCCUACGCUGAUAAAUUCGAUCUUUUAUCGAAAAUUCGGUUCAACACUCCGGUUAAGAGGGUUGGUCUUCCAGCAGACCUUUGGUCGAAUAUAUAACUGCUCAAUGCGUUGCGGUUUCGCUAGGAUGCCUGGUUUUGCGCCAGACCAAAAACGAAUUGCACACUGAGGCUUCCUAGAUCGACCGCGACGCUUUGAGCCAUUCCAAAUGUGAUCAAGGCGUUCCUAAUCCGAGCUUCUUCAGAUAUCCAGGCAUCCCAACGGAGGCUACAGAAUCCAACUUUUCAAUGGCUCAGAAGAACAUUUUGAUAAAUUAAUGUUAUGUACAGGACAUCACGCUCAGCCUUACCAUCCCCAAUUGAGAGGUAGCGAAACAAUCUAUGACCCUUCUUCGCCCUCUUUUUCCUCACCGGUCAUUUCUGUUGGAGAGAGAGAGAGCAAGAGGACGCAGAGAAGUCAAAAGAUUAUAAGGUUAAAGUUUCAGAUAUUCAAAAGUUCCAAGGGAAGGUGAUGCACGCUUACGAGUAUCGGAAUAUGAAAGGAUUCGAAGAUAAAAAUGUCGUUUUACUGGGAAUCGGCAAUUCAGCCUUGGAUAUUGCUGUUGAUAUAGCGAAAAUUGCAAAAUCGGUAGGUUUUUUCCGGUAUUUAUCGAUAGUUCAUUCAUAAAUGAGUCUCAAUCUCUCUGACCUGUCUGUGCCCUUUUUCUCUCGUCAGAGAGGAAGACCUGAAAUCCGCCGAGAGAUGAGAGAGCGCAGACAGGUCAGAAUGCUGAAAUUCAUGACAAUGAAAGUACAUGAAAGGUAUGUCUAGGGGGCGCAAAGCCCCGCCCCUUCACGCCCCCAAAAUGAGGAUUUUUUUGUUGCAAAAACGGUUUUGAGGCGUUUAUACUAGCUAAAGUCCCACUUUAAAAAUGAACUGUUUCUGUUAAUCUAUGUAAUCGACAACGCUCUACAAGACUGAAUACUUUUUAAAACUAUGUAUUUUUUUCAAAAAAAUAAGCGAAAAAAAGUAAGAUUUAACACGAAAAAAACUGACAAGUUUCACAAAAAUCGUCGCGUUUCAGAAAACCAAGUGAGGAACGCUUCCAAAUUUUUUUAGUAUGUUAUACAUUAACACUUUCUUUAUUUUUUUGAGUAAAAAAAUAAAAAAAUCUACCGACGCGAAAAAAAAUAUUAAAGCUUGUAAAGUGACACCAAACUUUGAAGCUGAAAUGCGAAAAAAAUUUUUUUAGCGAUAUGGUAUACUUUUUUUAUUUGAUUUAAAAACUAACAGUGUGUCCAAAAAAAUAAAAAAAUUCAAAAUGAAAAUAAUUAUUGGGACAGCGAAUCAAAUUAUAUUUGAGUUUUACCAAAACCUCCUUUUUUUCGCCUGCCUCGUUGACGCAUGAGAGAAUAGGAUCGCGUUCAUAUUUUUUUGAUUAUGUUAUUAAGCGUUCAAAACUCUAUCAAUGAAAAAAAAUUAUAAAAAAAUCGAUCGACGCGAAAAAAAUAACGGCUUUGAAAACCUCGAAAAAAAUGGCAAUUUUUUGAAAUUUCGGAAGAUUUCGUGCAAGCGUUCGUAGCAGUGUUUGAGUCAAACACACCGAUGCGCCCCUUUUUAAAUGUCGCAGGAGCCGUUUUUUUCGGAGUCAAAUUUUACUUUUUUUCUUGUUUUAUUUUUUUAAAUAACAUUAUUUUUUUCAUUUUUUUCUUUUUUUCCAAACCAAAUGAUAAUAAUUUUUUUCCGAUUAGAAAAAAAGAAAAAAAUAAGGGGAAAAAAAUCCCUUUAACCUUUUUUUCUAGGUAGUUUUUUUGAUAUUUUUAUCAAAAAAAUUCUUAUGAGGAUUGUACAAAAGAUUUAUACCAAAAACAUGAGGCUCAGUUCGGACAACCUCUCAGAACAGAAAACCGAUUUAAAAAAACAAUCCAGAAACGCGCAAAAAAACAUUUAAAAAGAAAGCGUGCGGCAGCGGGUAAAACCGUGAGAUUUUUGCCUCCAGUUGUACGCCACGCGCGCUAGUUUUUUGGCCAUAACUUUUUUCUUAGUGGACCUUUUUUCAAAAACUAAACGGAUUAUGAAAAUGAACAGUCUCCUCUAUGGAACAAUGUAAAGCACAUAUUUUUUGAAUCGUUCUGAAGAAAUGGCUUGCGGUCCCUAGGUAUGUCUUGACAUUUGUUUCAGGUAACAAUUUCAACAAGACGAGGUACCUGGAUUUUCAACCGAGUCGCUGCUGGCGGAAUGCCUUAUGAUACCAUCUUUUUUACUAGGUUCGAUUUUUAAAACAUUUUUUGAACUGUCUGCGCUUUUUUUUCGCUCCCUUCACGAGAGCACGAGAGGACGCAGAGAGACCUAAAAUUUUUUGAAUGAAGUCAAUUUUCACUUUUAGGUACUACAAGUGGCUGAUGGGAAAAAUUCCUUGGACAGUUGCCAAUGAUUUCAUGGAGCACAAAAUCCAACAAAGAAUGGAUCACGACACCUAUGGAUUGAGGCCUAAUCAUAGGUUUGAUAGAGGCCAUUUAUAGUGGCUCGUCCGACUAGAAAUGACUUGCGCGACUUCUUAAAGCAGUAGAACAAGCCGCAACGCGGCCGCGACGCGGCCGCGACGCUUAGAAUUAUUCUAAAUGCGACGAUAAACUUUUUUGGCUUUGUCUAAAAAAGCCUACACGUCGUCAACCAAAACUGGAAGUUUUCCAAAUUAAUAGUCAACGAUUUUUCGCUACACAACUUCACCCGACUCCUCCAGGGACUGUAGACAAAAAUAAGUAGAGAGUGGGUCAGGCACAGAAAGAUAUAGUCUAGCGCGCAAGUCAUAGAAGGUCGGGCGAACAGACAAUAAAUUUUAAAAAUGAUGGAUGAACUCCAGUAAAAAAAUAUUUAGUGAUUUAUUUCAAAAAAAUUAGAGAAAUUUCAGAUUUUUUUCCAACAGCAUCCAACUGUAAAUGACGCCUUGGCCAAUCUCAUUUGCUCUGGUUAUGUUACUAUUGCUGUAGGUUUUUUUUCUUUUUACACUUCAUUAGGUUCGAAACUGUCUGACCUAUCUGCGCUCUCUUUUCUCUCACUUGUGAGUUCAUAGAAGAAGAUAAGUCAGAUGUUUCCAAAAUGAUAUUAGAUUUGACUUUUUUUUUCUUCAAAAUUUACUUUUGCAAUUUUUUUUCAGGAAGACGUGGACACAUUUACGGAAAAUACGGUUGUCGUGAAAAAUGGCCGCGAGUUUGACUGUGAUAUUUUCAUCACCUGCACUGGCUAUACCUUUGGCUUCCCUUUCGUUGAUGAGGAUAUCAUUCAAAUUAAGGUUUGAUAUUAAAACCAAAAAAAACUGGGGUAUCAAAAAUAUAUUUGAAUCGUUCUAAGCAAAGCUGUUCUCAGGGCGACCGCGGUCGACCGAGGGCCCCCCGACUUGCGGCGUAUUCGAGGGCGGCCGCGGUCGGCCUUUGGUAAGGGUCAACUCGGUCGACCCGUAGAUACAAAUUUUGUUUUGACUCCCGGUUUUUUGCGAAUUAUAAGAAAGCGCAAGUUUUACUGAAAUGAAAGUGAAACAAAAACCAUUUUUUAUCGAGCACAUAAAGAAGAAAAACCGAUGAAAUGAGAUAUUAAUCCAAAAAUUCAAUAGUUUCCUAAGUGGCCAGAACAAUUUACAGAACUAGAGAAAACAACUUGAUAAAUAAAAAUAAUUUGAAAUUUUCACAUCAUCAGGAAUUUCAUUUUCGCAAAAAAAUCAUUCAAACCACUAUUUGAAAUAUUAUUUUAUUUAUUUACAAAGAGAAAAACGAAAAAGAUGCGAAAAAGUGAAAUCAAAAAGCACGAUUUCUGUCAAAAACAAUAAAAUUAAAAUUUUCAUGGAUCAUAAAUAACUUAAAAACUCAGUUUCACUAUGAAAAACUAAAAUAAAAACAAAAAAUACGGAAAAAAAAAUCCUCGCGCUCGCUUCGGGGCCUGAAUGAAAACCGCUUCGCGGGCCGGGGCGCUCAGGGGCGCGUCGCGGUCGGGUUGGGGCGGCCUCGGCCGGGGUCGCCCCGACUUGAGAACAGCUCUGGUUCUAAGUUUGGUAGAUAUGUUAAAUACAGCAAAAAAAAAGCUUACGGCAAGCCGAAUUCCCAAGCCGUCUCCGAUCCAAGUACUACCGGCUCUCAACGUUGCUUAACUUGCCAGAUCGGACGGGAUGGCGUGUUUUCAACGUGAUGUGGUCGUAAGCGAAGGUGGAGGGCCUUUUUGAGACCAUAAUCUUACGCGGAACGGCCACUAUGUAGCGCUAUAUAUAUAUAUAUAUAUAUAAAAAAAUCAAGGAUUAUUAUUUAGUAUUUUUCUUCACUAAUUAAUCGAAAAAAAAUUUUUAUUUGAGCAUUUUUUAUUAUUGAAAGCUUUCAGAACCACGAAACACAACUCUACAAGUACGUUUUUCCCCACUGA